AUGAAUAUGUUAUUUGGUAAAGAAUCUCAAUAUAAUGCACUUAUAACUCCUAUUGCAAAUACAAGUGAACCAUUAGAUAUUUAUUUUGGUUUAACAUUAGCACAAAUAAUAAAUGUUUAUGAAAAAGAACAAAUUGUUAAAGUUAAUGUUUGGUUACAACUUCGUUGGCAUGAUUAUCAAAUGAAAUGGAAUCCAGAUCGAUAUGGUCAUCUUGAAAGUAUUCGUGUACCACCGGAAAAAGUGUGGACACCAGAUUUAAUGCUUUUUAAUAAUGCCGAUGGUAAUUAUGAAGUAAGUUAUCGACCAAAUGUAGUUAUAUCAUCGGAAGGAAAAAUUCUAUGGAUUCCAAUUGCGAUUUUUAAAUUAACUUGUACAAUCAAUGUAGAAUAUUUUCCAUUUGAUGAACAAAAAUGCGAAUUAAGAUUUGGUUCAACUGGACUUAGUGCUUCUCAAGUUCGGUUUGGUUGGUAUGCAACUGCUAAUUCAAUGGAAUUAUCCGAUUAUGUAUCAUCUGGGACAUGGACAUUACUUGAUGCUCCAGCUAAGAUUCUUAUUAUUCAAUCAACUGAACCACCAUUUGAAUCUCGUACUGAAAUGGUGUUUUUUAUGAUUAUUCGACGUCGACCUUUAUUCUAUACAAUAAAUUUAAUUGUUCCAACAUUAAUGAUUUCUCUUUUAAGCAUCACAUUAUUUUGUUUACCAAAUGAUGCUGCAGAAAAAGUAACACUUUGUACAUCAAUACUCGUUGCUCUAGUCUUUUUUAUGUUACUUAUAUCACGAAUUCUUCCUUCAACAUCAUUAAGUGUUCCAUUAAUAUCGAAAUAUUUAAUGUUUACAUUUAUGAUGAAUCUCCUAACAGUUUGUUUAUCAGUUGCUUCAUUAUAUUUAAGUCAUCAUCGUAUAUUAAUAUUAACACCUGUACCAAAUUGGAUGAGAAUUGUUUUUUUAAAUACAUUACCAACCUAUUUAUUUCUACAUCGACCCUAUGAAUAUCCAGAAAUACGUCAACGACGAUCAACAACAAUAAAUUCACCCGUAUUUAUACGAAAAUUAAAAAUCAAUCAAAUGAAAUUACCUAUUGAAAUGCAUUAUUUAAUUGAACAAUUUUUAGCACGAUCAAAUGAUAUUAAAUAUUUAUCAAAAAAAAUUGAAAGUGAUACAGAAGAAAUGCAGAUUUAUAAUGAUUGGAAAUUUAUUUCAUUGGUAUUAGAUCGUAUACAAUUAUUUAUUUUUCUUAUUGUUACGUUUAUUGGUACAAUAGCUCUUUUACAAAUACCAAAAUUAUUUGAAUCACAUCGAGAUAUUAUUUAA